AUGAGCACUUCGCGCCGUCGCAAUGGCAAGCCGGCCUCAUGUGAGCCAUGCCGCCGAGACAAAGUCCGCUGCGACCAUGCACUACCUGUCUGCACACGCUGUCGAGACCGAGGAGUCUCGACCCGAUGCUUUUACCACCCAGCUCCCCUAACACGAGCCAAAGGACGUCGCGUAUUCCCAUUGGCAGAGGGUGUCCCUUUUGAUCGAGCCCCAUCGACGAGAAAUCCUCAUAUGAAUGAAACUUCUUUCAAUUCAUAUAUGCCCAAUGCAGUCCAAGGAGGCUCUGCAUCUAUUAUUUCAUCGCGAACUCAACCUUUACUUUCUGGAUACUUCGGCCCAACGAGUUUCGUAUCCCCUCUCACCGACGAUGUUGACCUAGGAGUCCCAGGUCAAGGCCUGGAGGUGGAAGCCUCUCAGCGGGUCCUUCCACCAUACUGGGUACAGAAAAUAUCAGAGGUAGUAUCAACUCUGGGCAAUUUUAUCAAAGUCGAGGCUUUGAUUCGCGAGUAUUACGCUCUCAGUCAAAGUGCUGUGAUAGCAGCGCCAUUCGUGCUAAAUAGUCUUGGACCAGUCGGUUCCAUGUGCAAAGAAUUUGUGCUGACUCCGAAUGUGGAUGACUCUACAUCAUCACUUACUGUCCGUAUAAUUCAAAACACGGCAGAAAUCUUCCAUGUGCCUGCAACGACGAGGGGAAGAGAUUUUCAUACGCUCUACACCGGCCCGGCCAUUCGUCUCGAAAUAAUCGGAAUAUUAUGCGCCCUCGCUGGUCGAGCAAGAUAUCUGGGACUCGCUCGGGAUAAAUGCGAUGGCAAAACAUCUCGGACUCAAUAUGCGCGCAAGAUGUUAGCAGCUAGUGAUGCCGCGCUGUAUAUUUGCAAAAUCUUGACUUCACUCAAUGAUCUGACAAUAUGGCUUGUGCAUGAGAACCUCUUGCUAACAGAUUUGGUGAAUGGCGAUUCAAGUCCAUCCUGCUGGAACAGACUAGGCGAACUCUCAACAGACAUCUUCGCGCUCGGUCUGCACCGCGACACAAAGACAUCCCCAGAGCUACCAGAGUUUCUACUAGAAACCCGCCGGCGCCACUUUACUUCAGCGUACCAACUCGACAAAAACAUAGCCACAUUCCUCGGUCGACCACCUCGAAUGCCAUGGCGGUAUGCUGACUGUCGCAUGCCCCUCGAUAUAAGCGACGAGGCACUUGCUACUGACAAUAUGGUCCUGGAUUAUUCCCACGACUACAUUGAUUCAAAUGGAUGGAGUCUUCACGGUGUAGUGCAACGAUCGUCAUGGAUGCGAGUCCGAUUCAUUGUCAGCACAUUCCGCGAUGAGAUCCUGGAAGUCUCUCUUCGGAGGAUAACGCCUGAGAUGGAAGAUAUGUUGGAUGACAUCUCUCAGAGAUGUCACCUUGCAUGGGAAGCCCUCCCCAUCCAUCUACGCUAUACACCCCAAUGCUGGGAUAACAACCUCCCCGUAGCAGUGUGUCUCAUGCUAAUAAUAUCAUACCUUGCAUACCUCUACAACGACUUUCUCAUACAAAGACUGAUAGCUGGAAAGAGAAAUCCGCGCGGUAAUACAGCACUCCUUUCCGUCAGUGCGGAUAUCCUAUCUACAGUCUUGAUACUUGGCACACAACGCGAACAGAUGGUCGACCUACGGCCCGAUUUCACAUGGACGGUCCUGCUAUACGGCUUCCCAAGCGCAAGCCUCCUAAUUAAAGCCUUGCAACACCAAAAACGCACAGGCGAACUAUUCCUGUAUGACGGAUCGCGGUCUGCCCUUAUUCGUAAUCUUAGCGUUUUCAUUUCUCAUCUUGAGUCUAUUGCCAGACCAGAUAAUGCGAACUAUGCGCUGUUCCAGCGGGCGAGUCAGGUAUUCUCGAAGAUUAUCGAUGAGAUUCUCGAGCCGGUGCCUGAUUCUGAGCUUGGGGAUGCUGAUGCUGCUCAUUAUGAUUUCGAAUCUGUUGUUGAUGUCGAUGGGUUAGAUUUGUUUAAUCAUAUGGAUUUCGGGGUUGCGUUUAAUCAGUGGUUAUUUUAG